AUUCAUAUAAAAAAGAAAUGCUCAACAUUUCGUCGAAGCGGGGCUUUUCCACCUAUAAAUAGGUCCAUCGUCCUCUGCCGACUCGCGCACUCUCCCAUACAUCCGAGCCUAGCAGCAUGUCGUCGACCGCCGCGCCUUCGGGGUCGAAGCGAGAGCAAAUGGACAUGCAUCGGGAGUACAUGAAGCGGUAUCAGCAGCAGGCAUCGCACUUGACGUCUGACACGGUCAAGUACAAAGACUUCUACGAAACGUUGGGGCUGGCACGGUCGGCGACGCAUGCUGAGAUUCGGUCGGCGUAUCGUACCCUCGCGUUGCGUUUCCAUCCGGAUCGCAACCCGUCCAAGGAAGCCGAGGACCGAUGGGACGGCGUGCCGGCCGCGUACGCGGUGUUGAGCAACCCGAACGACCGAAGCGAGUACGACGCGUCCCUCGAUACUCGCGAUGCGCUCGUGCUGUUCUACUCGACGUACAACCCCGCCAAGCUCGACCAAAGCACGAUCCAAGCCGUGAUCGACGGCUGGCACGGCCGCGAAGUCGAGCUGUUCCGCAUGCUAGGUGACAAGUACGAGAUCGCGCCGCACCAGGGCACGAAGAGCGCCAAGGACAUGUGUGACUUGCUCUUGCCGGAAGACAAGGCCGCGUCGAUUGCGCGCGACCACCAGGCGAGCGCCGACGUCCAGGCGCCGUCCAGGUCGCUGUUCGAGUCCCUUCUGUACAUUACACAGGGCAUGUGUGGCUGCGCGGCCAAAACGUACUACGAAGUGAACUCUCGAAGCCCGGGGUUCAUCGACAUCCCGCGCAACUCCAACACCCCCGGGACGUCCACCGUGGACAAGGCUGUCGAUGGCAAGCGGAGCUCGUCGGACGCAGGAGAUGCGCCGUCGACGUUGACCGACAUCCCGCUGGACCCGCCCUUGGUGGCUGAGAACAACGGCGCCACGAACGGAUUUGCUACUGCAUGCUGAAGACGGUUACUAUGUGUAUUUAGAAAAAUGUAGGAAACAAAUGAACCAAGCGAAUGUAUAGAGGGAGAUGUACAUACAGUAUAUAUAUAUACCUAUUGUUCGAUGGUAGUAGUACUUCAUUUGAAGUACAGAAAUAUUGGACGGAAAACCCAAUACUAUGUGUAUCGUCAAACCAUCGAUAUAUAUAUUUAU